CUCUCACUCUCACUCUCACGCACACUGUUUCUCUCUGGGCUCUCCGUGUCUCUCUUCCUAGCCGUAACUCACAAGCUCUUCUUCCCCUUCUCUCUCGGCAACUUCAGUCUUGUGUUGGAGUAGUGGAUGAUAGAGAUGGAUUAUAAGAGUACCAUUUAGAGCAGAAAAGGUAAUUAAAGAAAUUGAUGAGGCCGAGUGCAGCUAACAACCAAUAAAAAAGAUCAAGCCUGUCCUUGUUGAAGUCAUUGUCACUAAGCCAUCCACCACUUGAAGAACUUGAGCCAAGAGUUCUCAGCAGACUCCAUGCAGUUUGAAUUGUCAUAAAGGAAAGGGUUUCAUUUGCAUCCAACGUUGCAACUACUUGGUUAAAGUAUAUAACUUCUUUUUAAAUAUAUGUAUUACAUGUGCCGUCUUUUGCACUGAGUAUUCAAAAGCCAUGAAGCUUAUCACGCUUGCUAGAUUCACUCGUGUCCGUCCCACUCUCCCUGAAAUAACUGGUCCUUUGCAGUUUCGUUGCUUCCAGCCUGAUUUUGUUCCUAGAGAUCCUAAUGCCAAGCCGAAAAGGUACAAAUAUCCACCAUUCUAUGAUCCAUAUGGUCCAAGACCCCCACCAUCUGAUAAAAUCAUUAAUCUUGCUGAACGAAUUGCGGCAUUACCCACUGAAGAACGCAGACAAAUUGGUCCUACUCUCACUGACAGGCUUAGGCAUCCAAAGCUGCAGCCAAUUUCUGUAGAAGGUAUCGAUCUGGGCCCACAGGGAGGGGCUGCUGGAUCUACAAAGGCUGAGGAGAAGAAGGCAGAGAAAACGGCAUUUGAUGUGAAAUUGGAGAAGUUUGAUGCAGCUGCGAAAAUCAAGGUGAUCAAAGAAGUAAGAGCCUUUACUAGUCUUGGAUUGAAAGAGGCUAAAGAACUGGUUGAGAAGGUUCCUGUUUUGGUUAAACAAGGGGUCACUAAGGAGGAGGCAAAUGAAAUAAUAGAGAAAAUAAAGGCUGCUGGAGGAGUUGCGAUUAUGGAAUAAGACUCCCAGUUUGCUUGAUUCUUCUUUAAUGGGCUUUACGAUUUUGCAGUGUAUCCAUUGUUCAAACAUAUGAAUUUUGUAAUGUGGAUGGAUAGUCAUCACAGGAGAUAUUGAAGAGCAGUUAGAGUUGAACUUAUUAUGCUCAUGCUUGAUUUGAAUCGAGUUUAUAGUUGAUAUUGCAAGAUUAGUUACUUA